GCCUAUGGCCGAAGCCGCGAGAGCCGAGGGCGGCGCGGUGGACGCGGAGGGCCUCAUCAGCGAGGAGGAGGGGCUCGACGGGGGCGAGCGCGCGCCGUCUCCCGACGGCGCUGCCGCUGCGGCAGCCGAGCCCGAGCCGAUCGUGCCCGAGGAGGUGUGCCGGAGCACGGGGUGGAACGCGCAGGGCCAGGAGCAGUGCACCUUCUACUGGAUGGCGGCGCGGGUCGCGGAGGGCCCCGAGCUGUUCGUCAGGGCGCGGCUCCUGUUCAGCGACGACGCCUACUGGGACUGGUGGGCCUCGAACGCUGGAGCGCCAGGCGCGAUCAAGGCGUCGUUCCUGCUGCACGUCUGCCAGGACGUGCCCUGCGACGUCCAGCCCCCCCGUGCGUGCGAGGAGCUGGCCCACGCGACGGGCGCCGCGCGCCUGGGCCGAGAGGAGGUCGAGGCUGCCUUCGACGAGUGCCACGCGAGCAAUCCAGAGGCGGCGCGGCCCGCGCAGCUCCUUUGGCCGCGCGGGGGCGGCGGCGGACGCCCCCCUGCUCUCCGCCGCGGCGAGCGCCCGGCGCUUGCGAGAGGGCCGCCUGCCAGACCCUUCGACGAGCUCUUGGAGGGCCAGGCUCUCGCCGAGCUCGAGGCGGCGCCGUCGGGCCAGCCCGCGCUCCGCGAGGCCCUGCAGAGAAAGCUGCAGUCCGCGAGGGUGCGCUUCGCCGACGCGGCGGGCCCCGCGAGGGCAGGCGCGGCUGCUGCUGCGGGCCCAGGCGCCCCCGCCGCGGCUGCCAAGCCACCGAAGCGCGGUCUCGCGGACAUCUUGGCCGAGAGGGCUGGGAAGGCCGCGAAGGUGGCUGCGGCCCCUGGAGGCGAGGGGGCCGCGGCCGCCGCGCGCGGCGCCGAGGACGGGGCGAGCGGCGGCGUGCAGCAGCUAGCCUCGGCGCUGAUGAUGGCCCUGAAGUCGAUGGCGGCACAGGCGGCAGGCGGCGCCGAGUCCUCCGCUGGCGCAGAUCUGCUCUCGGGGGCGGACGGCGCCGACCUGCCGCGAGGGCUGGCAGCGAAGCGGGCGCACUGCAGGAAGCUCGCGACGGAGUGUCCGGGCAGGCUGUCGGAGCUCACCCUCGACGAGAUGGCGUCGUUCCUGGGCGGCCUCGAGGGGGAGACGUCGGUGGACCCGUCGUCGGCGAUCGCGCUGCGAUACCUCCUCACAGUCUACCUGCCGCAGAAUCCGGUGGCGCAGAUCGGCUCCGAGGCCUACCGCGAGAUGCGGACGCUGUCGGAUGCGAUCGACUGCCUGCUCCGGGGCAAGACGGCGCAGACCCUGGACCUGCUGACCCAGCGACUGAAGGCGCUCCAGACCGCUGUUGGCGACGGCCACUGGCACGCGGCGAAGUGGCUCGAGCUGAUCCCUGCCCGCGACCAGCCGACGACGCUCAGGAACGAGGAGGGGGAGAUGAUCCGCAGCAUCGAGAUGGGCGAGCUCAAGCUGGAGGAGCUGUCGGCGAAGCUGCGGAAGCCGGGCUGGGCGGCCGCCGGGGCAGCACGCGGCGCAGCUCGCUCCGCGGAGGACAAGAUCGGCUGGAGGGCUGCGAAGACGAGGUGGCCGAAGAAGGAAGGCGAGACGGCGAAGGCCUACAGCACGCGCUUGCUGGAGGCGGCGCCGCCUGGGUCGCUGCCGCUGGAGGCGCCCGAGGCGGCGGCUACCCCUGCGGCAAGCGCCGCAGCCGCAGGCGGGGGCGCGCCGGUGGCGGCUGCUACCCCUGCGGCUGGCGCUGGCGAGGCGGCCAGCUGGCGGGCCUCGAUCGGCGCCCGCUUCGGCGCGGAGGUCUCGGAGGUCGACUACGCGAUCCACUUGAUGCAGCUCGCCAUGGAGGAGGCCUGGCUCUUUGUGGUGGUGGUCGGCCUCAACUACCUGUACUGCGGCCGCUGCAAGGAGGCUUGGAGGCACCACCCGCGUUUGUCGCAGGCGCAGGAGCGGCCCCUGGCUUUCUUGCGGGAGCGCGUCAUGAGCUUCGUCGGGGACCCGUUCAACCAGAUCGUCGUCCCCUCCGCGAGUGCGGCUCUGGCUGAGUCCACGGUCGACCACGCGGGUGAGCCGGUUGCGAAGGCGCUGCCCUGCGCACUCGCGGAGCUGGCCCCAGGGCUGCCUCAGGCCGAGCACGCUGCGACGCUGGAGGCGCUGGACUUCGUGGGGCCCGACGUUGCAGAAUGGCUCUCGGCGCCGGAGAAGGCCCUCCUGCCCGAGGCAGACUGGCCCGCCCCCCUGCCGCGGGCGAGGGUCAACGUCGACUCCGAGGCGGGGUGGCGCGAGCUCGCGGUUCACCUCGUUGACCUCGGGAUCUUCACGGUGCUGCCCGAGGAAAGGCUCAUCCGGGUGCGGGGCGAGCUGCUUCUCAACGGCCGCUUCGCGGUCGAGAAGAAGGGCGUGCCAGGCCCUGGGGCCGCCCGCGUCACCAGGCUCAUCUUGAACAUGGUGCCAGGCAACGCUCUGCUCAAGCCGCACGUGGGCGAGGCGUCGGUGCUGGCCAGCUCGACGAGCUGGACCUCGCUUCACCUCCCCGAGGGAAAGCUGCUGCUGCGGUCGGGCGACGACCAGAAGGGUGCCUUCUUCGUCUGGAGGGUGCCCGCGGCCUGGCGCCCGUACAUGGCGGUGGGGAGGCCGCUCCCUGGCGCGCUGUUCGGCCGCCCCGAGCGCCAGGUGUACCUCGCGUCCGCCGUCAUCGCGAUGGGCGCGGGCUUGCCGCCUGACCUGGAGUGGCGGAAGGACGAGGCCCGCCCCACCGUCGAGGCAGGCAGCGGGCGCGAUGCCGGCUGGUGGCAGGUCUACAUCGAUGAUUUCGAUGCACCCGAGAUUGUGGAGGAAGUGCGCGCUCGCCAGAUGAUGGGCACUGAGGCCGACCUGCAGCAGCAUGCAAGAGAAAGCUACCGGCGGGCUGGCGUUGCGCACUCGGCCGAGAAGGCGCACCUGCGCCAGCUGCGGGUCGAGCGCAUGGGCGCGGACAUCGACGGAGAGAGCGGGAGGCUUGCGGCGCCGCGGCAAAAGGUCUUGGCCAAUGCGGCCCUCUGCCUCGCGACGCUGGCGCUGGAGACUGCGCCGCGGCGGGCGUGCAUGACGGUCCUCGGGAAGCUCGCGCGGGCGUUCGAGUUCAGGCGCCCGCUCUUCGGCCUGCUGAACUCCAUCUGGGCGCUCUCAGGCGCGCGCACAGCUGUGCGCUACAACGCCGAGAUGGUGGAGGAACUGGUCCUCAGCCUCAUGCUGCUGCCUGCGGCUGCCACCUCCCUGCGCAGCCACCUCGACGGCAUGGCCACCGUGUCGGACGCCUCGGAGUUCGGUGGCGGCGUCUGCGCGUCCACGGGCUUGAGGCUCGAGGCUCACACGGCACUCGGGGCAGCUGGCGAAGUUGCAGAUCACCUCGGAGUUGGGGCGCGGCUCCUGAACGCGCCGACGGACCCGCGGCGCCCGUGGACGACGUCGAACCCUCGCAUCCCGGCAUCAGUCGUCGUCAGAGUGCUCAACGUGCUUGUGGUGGGCCUGUUCGACGGCAUCGGGGGCCCCGCUGCGGCCUUCUCGCGGCUGCCCGCGCGGAUUGUCGCCUACGUCACGGCCGAGACGGACGCGAAGGCCAGGCGGGUGGUCAGGCUGCGCUGGCCAGGAGCGAUCGACUGGGGCGACGUCACGCGCGUUGACGAGCGCUGCGUCGAGGACCUGGUCGCCGCCUUUGGCUAUGCCGUCGACGUCUGCGUCGCGGGCGCCGGCAGUCCAUGCCAGGACCUGUCUCGCCUCAACGCGAGCGGAGGCGGCCUGCGAGGACGCAAAAGCUCGCUGUUCUUCGAAGUCCCGAGGAUCUUCAGCCUCCUGCGGAGGGCCUUCGGCAGGAAGCUUUACUCUCUGCUCGAGAACGUGGCCAGCAUGUCGGAGGCCAACGUCCGUGCGAUCACCGAGCGCAUGCAGGUUGUGCCCUACUUGAUCUGCUCGUCGGCCCUCGUUCCGUGCCGAAGGCCGCGGCUCUACUGGCUCAGCUGGCAGCUGCAGCUCGCGGAGCCGCACAGCAUCGUCGACAGGGGCUUCUGCUUGGAGGUCGUUGCAGAGACGGGCGCGGCGAUUGACUUCGACUCGGAGGACGCCGGCUGGCGCUGGGACGGGCGCCCUGCCCCGUCCCCGACGCUCGCGUGCUGCAGGCCGCUGCCGAGCUUCCCGUCAGCCCCGCGUGGGCUCGCCCAGGUCACGAGCGAGGAAAGAGAGCGGUUGCUGGGAUUCGAUGUCAGCUACACCGCCGCAGCCACGAAAGGCUCGAACCCGAUCGACGCGGCGGACGCCGGGUUUUUCCUCCUCGGCAACAGCUUCAGCGCGCACGCCGUGGCAUGGGCUUCGCAGCACGUCCUCCUGGCGGAAGGGGCUCUAGAGCGGCCCUUCACGGUCGAGGAGCUGGCGCACGUGGGCCAGUGCCGCGAGACCUGGGACCAGUGCGGGACCUUCGAGGACAGCGCGGGCAUCCCGGACACCGAAGAGGCGAGGUCCCUGGUCCUGCACUACCUCAGCCGGGCGGAAAAGGGAAGCUCGGACAUCCGCCUCGACUGCGGCCUGCCCUACCGUGCAAGAGGUUGGCCGAGGUCGAGCCUGGACCCUUUCGUGCGGCGUUGGCGAGUCGCCCUGAGCAUGGCGUGGCCGCGGGAGAGGCGCGCGCACAUCAACGCGCGCGAGCUGCAGGCGACGCUGGCGGCGCUGCGCUGGAGGGCGCGCAAGUCAGCGCGGCACGGCUCGCGCUGGCUGCACCUCGUGGACAGCCAAGUGGUCGCGGCCAUCGUCGCCAAGGGCCGCAGCAGCAGCCGCCGCCUGCAGCCGGCUCUCAAGCGCUGGUUGGCCAUGGCGAUAGCGGCGGACAUGUACCCUCUGAUUUGCUACGUUGUCUCAGAGGACAACCCCGCAGACGAGCCCUCGAGGAAGCUGCGGCGUGGGUCGCGGCCUAGGAGAUAUGCCGCUGCGGUCCGAGAGCUCCUGAAGCACUACGAGGUGAGCCCCCAGGAUAUCGGAGCCCUCGGCGACGACGGGGAGGACGCCGACAGCCUCGUCGCCAAUUUCCUUGAGGCAAAGUGGAGCGAGGGAGCUGACAUCGCGCUCGCCAACAACACUGUGGCGGGCGUGAUCUUUGCGGUGCCCAGGCUGCGGCGGCGCCUGGACCUCUCCUGGGCGCUGCUGAAGGCGUGGCGCCGCGCCGAGCCUGCAGGCCGGGUGCUGCCGUUCACGCCCGAGAUUGUGGGGGCCAUGGCUGGCCUGGCAGCGGAGGCGGCGGCGUUCGACGUAGGCGCCUUGCUCCUCAUCGGUUUCGAGGGCAUGCUGCGCGGCGGCGAGGCCUUCGCCCUCCGCGGGCAGGAUGCGAUGGAUCGAGGCGAAGUCAUCGUCCUCCUGAUCAACACGUCCAAGACGACGGCGGGCAAAGAUGGCGCCGAGGCCGUGGUCAUCCGCUCGCGGGUCGCAAAGGAGAUGCUGCGGCUGGUGGUGCGGCAUCGGCGCGCCGACGAGCCUCUGUCGUGGCGGUCGCCCGCGCAGCUGAGGAGCGCGCUGGCGGCCCUGGCGCGCGGGCUGCUGCUGCCAGACCCGUUCUCGUGGCAUUCGUGCCGCCGCGGAGGCGCUUCCGACUUUUUCCUGAAGUCGUCUUCGAUGGAGGCCACGCUCGUCGCGGGCCGCUGGGCGUCAUCGAUGACGGCGCGGCUCUACGUGGAGGGCGCCGUCGCCGACCUGGUGAAGGUGCGGCCCCAGGACCAG